AUGCCUGCCAGCCGAACCCACCAGAAUGGCGCUGCCCAGUUCAACCAGAAGCUGAAGAACCUCUUCCGCAUCAACCUUAACAGCGGCGCCGACCGUGACAGAGAAAAGUCCUCCGCUGCUCAAGUUCACUCUUCACAAGACGCCGCCGCCGCCCGCCCAGAAAUCCGGAGCAAGUUUGGCAGCAGUUUUUUCAAGGGCACCGUCGGCCGAUUGAGGACAAACACCACCGCCAGCGAAGGCAACCCCCUCGACGAGGCCCUCAGCCCGACCGCGCACGCGAAUCCCUACUUUGCCCACCAAGGCCAGCCGGGCCUUCGCCAUCAUAAUCACGAAUCAGUACCUCCCAGCCCUCCCGAUACCCCAAAUUUCAAGAUCCAAGGUCCUGACGGCGGGCCCGAACAGCACACGACGAGCGCCGGGCGAGAGGAAUUGGCUAGGAAACUUAGGAGAGUCGCCAGUGCCCCCAAUGCCCAGGGCUUGUUCUCCAAAGGCAAGGGCAGCGCCGAGCGUCCCGCCACCGCCGAGCUGAGCAAGGAUCCUUUGGUCCUUGACAAGGACUCGGGCACCCUCGAGAUGGUUGAUCCGUCCAAGGCGUCCGCUCCUAGCCUGGGCGUCCCCGACAAGGACGUCCUCGGUAACCUCCCACCGCCGAAUCGUACGAGUCUCGCAUUCCGGAGGACCUACAGCUCCAAUUCCAUCAAGGUUCGCGAUGUUGAAGUUGGCCCGCAAAGUUUCGACAAGAUCAAGUUGAUCGGUAAGGGAGACGUCGGCAAGGUCUAUCUUGUUCGCGAGAAGAAGAGCAGUCGUCUCUAUGCCAUGAAAGUAUUGAGCAAGAAGGAGAUGAUUAAGCGGAACAAGAUUAAACGCGCCCUUGCCGAGCAAGAAAUUCUAGCUACGAGUAACCACCCCUUCAUUGUUACGCUGUACCAUUCAUUCCAAUCGGAGGAUUAUCUGUAUCUAUGCAUGGAAUAUUGCAGUGGUGGAGAGUUCUUCAGGGCGCUACAGACGCGCCCCGGCAAGUGUAUCCCCGAAGACGACGCGCGAUUCUACGCCGCCGAGGUCACCGCAGCCUUGGAAUAUCUGCAUUUGAUGGGCUUCAUCUAUCGCGACUUGAAGCCAGAGAAUAUCUUGCUCCACCAGUCGGGCCACAUCAUGCUUUCGGACUUUGACUUGUCGAAGCAGUCCGAUCUCGGUGGAAAGCCCACAAUGGUCAUUGGCAAGACAGGCACCAGCACCACCUCAUUGCACAUCGACACUCGGUCGUGCAUUGCCAACUUCCGCACCAACUCGUUCGUCGGAACAGAGGAGUACAUUGCACCAGAGGUCAUUAAGGGUAGCGGCCACACUAGUGCCGUGGACUGGUGGACCCUCGGCAUCUUAAUUUACGAGAUGCUUUACGGAACCACCCCCUUCAAGGGCAAGAACCGAAAUGCGACUUUUGCCAAUAUCUUGAGGGAAGACAUCCCCUUCCCCGACCAUGCUGGGGCACCUCAAUUAUCCAACCUCUGCAAAUCCCUGAUUCGUAAACUUUUGAUCAAGGACGAGAAUCGGAGAUUAGGUGCCAAGGCCGGUGCUUCGGAUAUCAAGGCUCAUCCGUUCUUCAAGACGACUCAGUGGGCAUUGAUUCGGCACAUGAAGCCUCCCAUUGUGCCUGUCACUGGGCGCGGUAUCGAUACUGUCAACUUCCGCAAUGUCAAGGAGAGUGAGAGCAUCGACUUGAGCGGAUCCAACCCGCUACAAGCGAACCUCAAGGGAGUUCCUCUGGAUAGUGGUAUGGCGACCCCAGGUGGUGAAGUCGUUGAUCCUUUCGAAGAGUUCAACAGUGUCACGCUGCAUCACGAUGGAGACGACGACCAUCACUCACAACAGAGUGGACAAAACCACUCGUAG